AUGUCUUUGUCUAAGAUUACUGGAUUGAUCCUCGGAUCUGCUGCCUUGGUGGCCGGCCACGGCUACGUGAGUGGAGUCGUGGUUGAUGAUGUCUACUACGGUGGCUACAUCGUCACCGAGUACCCCUACGAGAGUGAUCCCCCUGAGAUCAUUGCCUGGUCGGAGCAGGAGACUGAUUUGGGUUACAUCGAUGGCUCUGAAUACGCCAACUCCAACAUCAUCUGUCACAAGGACGCCCAGCCGGGUGCUUUGGAAGCCCCUGUUACAGCCGGUGGCUCCGUCGAACUUCAAUGGACCACCUGGCCCACAAGCCAUCACGGCCCUGUGAUUACCUAUAUGGCCAACUGCAACGGUGACUGUGCCGACGUGGACAAGACUACUUUGGAGUUCUUCAAGAUCGACCAGGGUGGUCUUGUCAGCGACACCACCGAGCCGGGCACCUGGGCGACUGACAACCUCAUCGCCAACAACAACAGCCGCACUGUCACUGUCCCCAGCGACAUCGCUGACGGAAACUACGUUCUCCGCCACGAGAUUAUCGCCCUGCACUCAGCCGAGGAGACCGAUGGUGCUCAGAACUACCCUCAAUGUAUCAACCUGAAGGUCACCGGCGGUGGUAGUGCCACUCCUUCCGGUGUCCUGGGUACGGCGCUGUACAAGAACACCGACCCCGGUAUUCUGAUCAACAUUUACACCUCCCUAAGCACCUACGAUAUCCCCGGCCCAACCCUGUACACUGCCGGUGCCGCCGCAGCUACUACAUCAGCUACCACCACCGCUGCCGCCGCCGCCACUACCUCCUCUGCUGCCGCAGUCACCACCACUGCUGCCGCAGCCACCACCGCAAGCGCCGAGACCACCACCAGCUCUGCAUCAUCCGUGGACUCAGUUGUGCACACAACUACCCCUAGCGCAUCCAUCGUCAGUGCCUCCCCAACCUGGAGCCCCUCCUCCCUCCCACCCUUCUCCAACUCCACCCGCGCAUGGCGUCCCUCUUUCACCCGCCAGCCCGGUUCCCGCGUGACCUCUGCUCCCACUCAGGUCGCCGCCUCCACUGGCGCUCAGCUGCCAUCUACCACUGCCAUUACCACUGCCACCCCCGUCGUGAUCACCCUCACCGAGACCAGCACCUCCUGGGUCACCGAACUGGUUACUCAUACUGACUCGUCUGUUGUACAGACCACCAGCGCUGUCCCAGUCGUUGUCGCCGUCACUACUACCAUCACCGAUGGAAGCGCGCCGACCGAGACCUCCUCUCCCAGCACAGCCUCUGGCUCUAGCUCUAGCUCUUCUGGCUCUUCCAGCUCUGGAUCUGGCUCUGAGUCCUCCGGUUCCGGCUCCGGCUCCGUCACCACCACGAGCGUGGCCUCCACAACCAGCUCGGCUGAAUCAUCAGACUAUGACUCCAGCGACUGGACCACCUACCUCAGCUCCUUGACUGCUGCUGAGGUCCUCCAGCUCCUGCGCCAGACCUUCAAGUGGCUCGUCAGCAACGACAAGGUGCACGCUCGUGACAUUACUAUGUCCUAG